AUGGGUGACAUUGAUGGAUGGGCAAACAUUCAUUAUGACAUCUUGAAGGAAAUUGCAGAGCACUUGUAUUCUUACGAUGAUUUCAUCCAACUUCGUUUAGUUUGCAAGCAAUGGAACUUGAAACUUCCAGAGAUCUCCAGCGAGAUUUUGUGGCUGCUGUUACCUGAAGAAUCUUCCAGUACUCAUAUUUAUGAAGAUGAGGAGAUCUACCAUCUCAUGCAGUUACCUAUUGCUGAUGAAGUACCACUUGAUAUUCAGUCUCUUGAUGAAGACAAGAUCCACUAUCUCAAGCUACCAGAGAUGCAGACCAAAUUGAUCCGUGGUUCUUUUGGUGGAUGGUUGAUCGUCCUAGAUAUAUACAAGGGUUCGAUGUAUAUGUUAAAUGCAUUUACAAAGGUCCUUUUAGAUCUUCCUCCAAUAUCAACUUUUCCGGAUAUAAUUGACUACAAUCCUAACAAUCGUGGCUUUGAAUAUACUAUUCGGGAUUUCGGUGAUGUCCGUAUGGAUGAUUACGGGCCGCAGGAAUAUACUAUUUGGGAUUUGGGUGAUGACGAUAGGGAUAAUUACCGGGUCCCGAGCAGUAUGAUAAAUAGGAUCUGGGUUGGGAAGGUUAUUAUAAAUUCAUGUCCUAGCAAUGACAAUGAAGAUUUUAUGGCAGUUGCUAUAUAUGGACUUCUUUGUACAUUAGCCUUUUACAAACCAAAUGAUAAGAGAUGGUUAGAUCUUUCAACUAGAAAACAGGCGUUUGAUGAUGUCAUAUUUUUUGGAGAGAAGAUAUAUGCAGUAGAAGGUUGUGGCCAGCUAUACGAAUUUGAUAUAAACACAAAGUCAGGGCCUGUAGGUGGUAUUCAUGAAGCCAAACCUCCCUCUGGUGCUGCGGUGGGUCCUUACCAGCUUAAAUAUUUGGUUGGGCGCGCUAAUGGAAGUUUAUUGAUGCUGGUGAGACAUUUUACCUAUCGUCGUGGAUUUUCUCGUACUUACAAAUUUGAUAUCUAUGAAUUGAAGAAGAAUGCAAAAGAAUGGUGCAGACUACGUAGUUUGGAAAAUUACGUAGUGAUGAUUGGAUUCAACUCUUCUGUUCAAAUGCUGCCUGCAAGUAUUCAAACCAAAGGAAAUCAAAUCUACUUUACAGAUAACCUACAAGAUUGCAAAGAAUGGGACGAUGUCGAACAUCAAGAUAUUGGCAUCUUUGACUUGGACGAUGGAAGUUGUCAAAGACUAUUAUCCGAUGUAAAGUUCAUGUGUCCUCCUGUUUGGUGUCAUUCAAAAUUUGUCUCAACAACUCAAUUGGCUCUUUAA